AUGCUUCCACUGGAUAUUAUCAUAAAUCGAUAUCCUCCUCUCAAAAUUGUGGCUAACGGAAUGAUUGAGAAUGACAUAAAAGGAGCUAUUGUUAACGUUUCGUCGCAAGCAUCUAAAAGACCUUUGAAGGAUCAUUUAGCAUACUGUGUCACUAAAGCCGCUCUGGAUAUGGCAAGCAGGUGUCUCGCGAAGGAACUAGGACAGUAUGGAAUCCGAGUGAACACCGUCAACCCAACUGUGGUUAUGACAGAAAUGGGGAAGAUG